CAUGCAUCGGAAUGGUGAAGCGAGGAUGUGCAUGGAGGACCCUGGUGCGAUGCGGAGUAGUGGAAGUUGAUGAAGGCGAUUACUGGCUAUAAAACAUCCACAUCUGAACUCGUGUCUCGUAAAUGAAAGUGUCAUAUGAGGUCUCCGUUAGCCCGGGAGCAGGUCGGGCUCACUGACUGAUGGAAAUAGAGAAGAGGAAAAAAAGGGGAAAUCUCUUCGCUCGCGCAGAAGCGCCAUGCACCGGCGGAGCGACGUUUAACGCUUCUUCUCUUUAUUUAUCUCGGGUGAAAUGUAGUUCGGGUGGACCAUGUAGUAAGUGUUUGUGCUUUGCGUGUUAGUAUGAUAUUGAGUCCGAUAUGUCUAAUGUGACGCCGAGUAGAAGCGUGGAAUGGCUGCAACUCGAGUUAGAGUCCGGGGCCACUUCUCUGCUGCUGCUGGACUGCCGCUCACACGAGCUGUACGAGUCGUCCCACAUAGAGACCGCCAUAAACCUGGCCAUACCGGGGCUGAUGCUCCGGAGGUUCAAGAAGGGCAACAUACCGAUCCGGACCAUCAUCCCCAACCACGAGGACAAGGAGAAGUUCAUAAGACGGUGCAAGACGGACACGGUGCUCCUGUACGACGAGUGCACCGUGGACUGGCAGGACAGCGGAGCUCCAGCCUCCGUUUUGGGUCUACUUCUCCAGAAACUGUGGGAAGACGGCUGCACGGCGUGUUACCUGGAAGGUGGAUUUGUGAAGUUUCACACAGAGUACCCAGAGCACUGUGAGACCCUCCUGGACAGCUCCUGUCCCAGCUCCUCUCCGCCGCUGUCUGUCCUGGGUUUGGGAAACCUCCGGAUCAGCUCCGAUUGCUCCGACGGGGAGUCCGAUCGGGAGCCGGGCAGCGCCACCGAGUCCGAGGAGAGCCCCGUCCCCAGCAACCAGCCGGCCUUCCCCGUCCAGAUCCUCCCCUACCUUUACCUGGGCUGCGCCAAAGACUCCACCAACCUAGAUGUGCUGGGCCAGUACAACAUCAAGUACAUCCUGAACGUCACGCCCAAUCUGCCCAACAUGUUCGAGCACGACGGCCACUUCAGGUACAAACAGAUCCCCAUUUCGGACCACUGGAGUCAGAACCUGUCCCAGUUCUUCCCAGAGGCCAUAUCGUUCAUAGAUGAAGCUCGGUCCAAGCAGUGUGGCAUCCUGGUCCACUGCCUGGCCGGCAUCAGCCGCUCGGUCACGGUCACCGUGGCGUACCUGAUGCAGAGACUCAACCUCUCUCUCAACGACGCCUACGACUUCGUCAAGAGGAAGAAGUCCAACAUUUCCCCCAACUUCAACUUCAUGGGUCAGCUGCUGGACUUUGAGAGGACACUGGGGCUGCACAGUCCCUGCGACAACCGCUCCACCAGCGAGGAGCAGCUCUUCUUCACCACACCGACCAAUCACAAUGUCUUCCAGCUGGACACGCUGGAGUCAACAUGAGUGUCAAUUGAAUGGCCUUUUUUUUUCUUUCUUUCUUGUCAUUUCCUGUGGUGUCUCUGAGGUUUUUCUGAGCUUGUCAGAUGCCUAAAUAGUUGCCACAAGCAGUAAGUCACUCAUAGCAUUUGUGAACCAAAAAAGGAACGACAUUGAUCUGUUAAAGGAACAGAGAACCCGAUCCAUUCGAUCCAGCCUGCCUUAAUUUCUAGCACAAGGAUGACUUUAGCCAUCCACCAUGCAUGGCAUUAAUCAGUGGUCACGUGCGACCGUAACAGCAGGACAUUUCAUAACUUUUCUAUUACAACUAGGAUUGUUGUUUGACUGUUACUUGUUAUUCACCAGCUGUAAAGUGGAUGUUAAUGUUGCGAUUGUUGCCUUGAUGGUCUAAAAGGAGUCUUUGGCCAAUCUGAAUGUUUUUCCGGGGACCAAUCUGGAGGUGUUUUGAUGGUACUCUAGCUGAGAGAAGUAAGCUACCACAGCGAUCCGGCCUUGAAAUAGUGUCCAGUUUUCCUUCUGAUGACUGGUUGCAGCUCACCUGCAGCAGAAUGGAGUCACCUCGGAAAGUAUCUUCUCUUGUGUUUUCAACACUGACGUCUGGUAAACACCACGACGUUAAAUAAGUUUGUAAGAUCCAGUUUAAAACAUGUUAUUUUCCAUAAACGCCCCCUGUACAUUCUAUUUCUUAUAACUGCGUUAUUUGCAUGUGGUUAUGUUCUAACAGGAAACUUGCUUUGUAACCUUUAGGUCAUAUUUCCUGUUGUUGUCUUGGUCUUGACCCUAACAUAACAUGGAAUUGAACUGUAUGUCAGUUACUACCAGGUCGAGGUGUAUAACACUGGCUUUUGCCGCGAUCGAGAGGAACAAAAACGUGUGAGUAAUCGGUGUCUAAAGGAAUGGAUGUUUAUUUUUUACUCCUUCGGUCUGCAGCUACUCCCGUCCGAUGACACGAUAUGUAAUUAUCUGUCCUCUGUUGCCAGUCUGGUCUCAGAACAAAUGAGUGAGUUUGAUGUGUGAGAGGGAAUGAAAGGAAACGAGUUUGAAAAGAAAUGUGUUCUUACCUCAAAGAGAGACAUUUUCAGGGAUUAUUUUUUUUUAUACAAGUCAUCUGUAUCUCGUCACGGCCUCUUAAAGUGCAUCCAAGGGCUGUUUCGUUUUGGUAUGUUUGUAAAGAUGUACAUAACAUGUGGUUGCCAUGGGGG